AUGAAUACAACGAAUCCAUACGCCCAAGCAGGUUGGCAAACCUGGCCGCCUACUACGCCAGAACCGCCUACGUUCGGCGCCUUACCCUACACUGGCACCGUAUCUUCUCCUAAUUGGAUCUCGAUAGCAUACGAGACGGCGGACGGCGACGUCCUGGACUGCACUCUGCGGACCCCAAGUAACAAAGCGGUAUACGAGGUGGCGACAGAAAUAUUGGACGACGCAAAGACUGCGACUACGUUCUCUCGUAGUGAUGGGCGCCUGUUCGCGAAGAUCGAAUGGAAUGACGACGGUGGUAACUUCGUAGAGAUACAAGGAGUUCUCCCGAGGCGAGACGUACUGCAGUGGGUUCGAUGCCCAAGGGAGGAAAUGAGUGGGACUCGGGUCAUACGAGUAGCCGCUCAUAGCUAUACAUUUGAACGCCACAGGGAAACCAUCUACAUGUACCAUGAUCCCGACCUGAGCCAGAGCGUAGAGCUUCUAGCAAAGUUCUAUCGUGAACAUGACUCCCCUGUGCUUGAUGUCACGCCGAAGAGCAUCACGGAAUUUGAAAGAUUACAUUUUAGUGCUAUCAACGGAUAUGACUGA